AUGGGCCGCCGACCAGACUCCGAAAAAGUCUACAUCCUCAUGUGCACGUCACCCAACGAGUCCCUGACUACCAGCGUCCUCUCCGUCUUUGCCGCGCUCCAGGACGCGAAUGAGGAGUGUCUCCGUCAAGCCCGCGCCGCAGGCGUCGAGUUGACGAAUGAGUCGAGCACGUCGGGGCCGGAGAAGGACACCAUCGGCCCCGUGGAGCCGGUGAGAUGGGAUACGGUGGACGGGGUGAGCUGCUGGGUGGAGGCGUUUGAUGUGAAACCGCAGCGCAUCGAGCCGUCAGUGUUACAAUAG